AUGUUAACCAUUUUGUACAAGUUGAAAAUUGACUGUCAUACCGGCGAUUCCAUGGUAUGCGUCUACUGCUGCGAAAGCUAUGACGACCCUGAGGAGUACCGAACACACCAAGACGAAGAGCAUAUCAGUUUCCACGUGGACACGGCAUUUGCCCACGUCUUUACCAAUUACAAUGAGUACCUUAAAGUCGAUUGCAUAGACCUCGCCUGUCGUUUAUGUUUAGAACGUUUCGAUACGCUCAACGCUAUCGCCGAGCAUCUGGUUGAGUCGCACAGUAUUAAGAUCAACCUGGCCGUUGAGAUCGGCAUGCAGAUGUUCAAACUGGGCGCAGAGAGAUGGGUCUGCGCAAUUUGUGGCAUGAAGUUGCCCUGUUUGCGGAUGCUCAGUCGCCACACCAGCUGCCACUACCACAAGUUUACGUGCGAAACUUGUGGGAAGUCGUAUGUUAACCGAGAGAAUCUGACGCGGCAUAUUGCGUACGGUCACAGCGAAUUUAAAAUAUGUACCCGUUGUAAGAAAAGUUUUCCUAGUUGCGAGGCGAGGCGGGAGCAUGUGCUAGCUUCGAAAUCGUGUUGGCCUUUAAGCUGCUCUUUAUGCGGUCAAAGGUUUGCUAAUAGGAGGUCUAAACUCGACCAUCUCGUAGAAGUUCACGCCAAACCGCCCAAGACCUACUCUUGCCCAGAGUGUGGGGAAGCAUUCGACAAAUGGCACCUCGAUCCAUAUCUCAUCGCGAGACGAAACGCCGAGAUAGUGGUGAAAUUUGCCACAGCGUACCCGUUCAGGCUCCCGGAAGAUGCCUUGGUAUGCGUGUACUGCUGCGAGAGUUACGAUGAUCCAUCGCAGUAUAGGAAGCACAUGGACACCGAACACCAAACGUUUAAGCUGCGGAUGGCUUUCAUCCAUUGCACCGAAGGGUACAUCAAAGUUGACUGCACCGACCUACGCUGUCGCAUCUGUUCUCAAAAAUUCGAAACAAUCGACGACGUCGCGAAUCAUUUAAAGGAUGUGCAUCAAGCGGACAUAGAUCCAAAUUAUGAGAUAGGUGUUCAACCGUUCAAAUUGGAGAAGGACCGUCUUCUUUGCGCCAUAUGUCGCUUGAAGUCCCCUUGCAUCCGUCAGCUUAGCAGGCAUAUUCAAACUCAUUUCUUGAAAUACACGUGCGAGGCGUGCGGAAAAUCUUACGCGACUAUAACUACAUUAAGACACCACAUCACAUACUCACACACCGGGGAGGAAAGGAUUUGUAGGAAAUGCAAAAGGACGUUCAGUAACCUCGAAACGAAGAGGCAACAUUUGGCGGAAUCGCGAAAGUGUUGGCCUCACCUGUGUAAUAUUUGCGGGGAAAGAUUUAUGACUUGGACUUUGAAGCAGGCCCAUUUAACUCAAGUCCACGGAACUCCAAAGAGAUCGCACGUCUGUCCAGAAUGUGGGGAGGUGUUUUUAGAUAGAAAAAAGUAUAGGGUCCAUUUCAAAAUCUCCCAUACAGACGACAACUAUGUAUGCUCUUGUUGCGGUAUGAAAUUUGAUACGAAACGAAACUUAGAGGAGCAUAGAGUUGUGCACACUAAAGAGAAACUCUUCCCAUGUCCCGCGUGCCCGAAAUCGUUCCCCAGGAAAAAGAACUUAGUACAGCACAUGUGGAUUCACAGCGAACAGAAAAGAUUCGGAUGUGAUCUAUGCAAUAAACAGUUCAAUCAAAGAGUUAGUUGGAAAACGCAUAUGAAGUCAUACCAUCCUGACCUUGUUAAUUUUGAAGCGACAAAAAAUAAUAACGUCAAAAUUGUUCUUAGCGUUCUAAAACAAGACCAAUAA